AUGGCUACUGAGACGAAAGAGGAUAGUACACAGGGAAAGAACCUAUUACAUCUUGCCGAUGCCGCCAGCAUUGUUCAGGCUAAUCAGAAAGAUACACAGAUAGAGACAAUACUAAAUGGGAAAUUAACUGAAUUGUUAACAUUAUUGAAGGGUCAACUUUUCACUAAUCUUUAUAGGAAACACAUUUCAAUUGCAUCAAAGCUACUGUACUUCGCUUUGACGACGCUCAUCGGAAAGAAGACAUUAGGUGAAGAAUAUGUAGAUAUCUUUAUUGUGAACAAGAAGAAUAAGGGACUUGUAAAGAGGUAUCAGCGGCUAUUAUUUAUCUUCGGUUAUACAUUGGGACCAUACCUUAUUCAAAAAUUGAUAAGUUUGUGGAAGCGUCAUUAUCAAACGUUAAAAGAAGAAGAAGAUAAUGAAAAUAACUCCGAGGAAAUACCGUGGGAAACAAUUACGAAUGGCCUAUUGGAUAUUCAUAUGUUAAUAUUUUAUUUCAAAGGUGCCUAUUAUGAUGCAUCACGUAGAAUUAGUGGGAUACGAUAUGUGACAGGACAUCGCAUUACUGACGAUGAAAAACGUAUCAGGGAAAGGAAUUCCAAGACAUAUAAGAUUUUAGGGUCUGUUCUUUUGUUACAGAGUAUUUCUAACUAUAUGCCUAUGGUGAAAUCUUUAACUAAGUUGUUAACUAAGUCAAUCUUUAAACAGUCUGUUAAUGACACUAAUAUCAACUCGUUAGAUCAAUCGUAUAGAAAUGAAAAGUUAGGUAUAAUAAAAGGUGUUCCAGACGAAACCAAGUCGCACCAUAUUGAUCUUUCUGAUAAAGACUCUUUCAAAUUUAUUCCUGAAAGUUCACGUAAAUGUAUAUUAUGCCUGUCUGAUAUGAUCGAUCCUGGUUGUGCUCCAUGUGGUCACAUCUACUGUUGGAAAUGUAUCAUCAAUUGGUGUAAAGAAAAGGAAGAAUGUCCGUUGUGCCGUCAAACGUGUAAACCACAACAAGUCAUACCACUUAAAUAG